AUGAUGAAACUUUUGCUCAUACUGGUAUUGUCCUUUCUGGUUCUGAAGGUGGUUGCAUCUGCAUUGCCUUCUUGGGAUGUUCAACAAAAUAGUUACAUAAUAAAUGCUAUCAACUCUGAACAGACCGAAAUUGAUAUUCAAAACGUUUUCCGAUCGCCAAUAAACUUCCCUGAUUUCCCUAAGAUUCAAGCGCGCCCAAAGAAAAAGGACAGAACUACCAAAGAAGGUGAAAUACCACAAUACGUAGUCGACUUUGCUCCGUUUGUUUAUCUCUACUCGGAAGAGGCUUAUUUACCUUGUGACAUUGCUGAUUUUGUAAGUCAUACGCAUGCCGUAUACGAUAAUGGGACAGUAAUCGAUGACACUGUUGAUCAUAUGAACUUGACAAAGCUUGCUAAUUUGCCCAAAGAUAAAGAUAUAUUCUUGACCAGUAACGAUGAUUUCUCCAAAGAUCCAGAAUGGAUCACAGGCUCCAAAAAUAAGCCUUCUCUUGUUGACGGUGAGAUCCCACAUGCUCCCGCUACCCUUAUCGUAGUGGAUAAGGGUAAUGGAUGGGUAGACUCCUUUUGGUUUUACUUCUACGCAUUCAACUUGGGACCUUUCGUAUCUGGGGCAGGUCCUUAUGGUAACCAUGUAGGAGAUUGGGAGCAUUCAUUAGUUAGAUUUUAUAAGGGAAAGCCAAUAAUUGUUUGGCUUUCAGCUCAUGGGGGUGGGGGUGCUUACUAUUUUCCCAACUUGGAGAAAUCACAAACUGAAACAAACCACCCGAUUAUAUUCUCAGCCAGAGGAACUCAUGCUAACUAUGUAUCAGUUGGUCAACAUCCUCAUGACUUGCCUUAUGAUAUUUUAUCCGAUUUUACUGAUAGGGGUCCAUUAUGGAACCCAUCAAAGAACUAUCUUGGCUACACUUACGAUGGAAAAAAAGUUACCCCAGUAAAAAAGAAUUCUAAUGCUAAACACGUUGGGAGAGAGCUUGAAUAUGAUAACUGGUUAUCAUUUAUUGGGCAUUGGGGUGACAAACAAUUACCACUUUCAGAUCCUCGCCAAUACUAUCUGUUUAUUGCAGGGUACCAUCAAAUCGAUGGUCCCACAGGUCCAUUAACUAAAAACUUACUCAGGCUUUCUCCCUGUGAACGUGGAAAGUGGUGGAAUUUCUGGCAAGGUUGCAACAUCAGGCAAAAUAUCAAAUGGGGUGUUGGUAUGGAGAGUGAAGGUUAUAAUUGUGGGAACAUCUUCAUUAAUGUUCGCCCGAAAUGGUUCAAACUGAUCUUGGAUAAGGUCACAUGGGGUGGAGGUUUUUGUUACAUUGUCGAUUUAAUUCUAGGUUAG